CGUAAGUUACAUUCCAGUACUAAGUACUGAGUAGAAGCUGAUUAUGAUCACAAAUUGACGGUCCCGCUCAAGCUACUUCGAUAUAAGCGCCGCGUGGACCGUCAAUUUCCUCGUGCUCAGCUUCCGAAUGCGUUCGCUGGCAGUUCGGCCCGGUUACUAGAUCACCCGGACCACACUCUCACCGAGCCUGUGUUUCUCCUCCCAUGGAAGUUUUGAGCUAGGCCUUCUCUUACUAAAACCAUGUCCACACCUGAUCUUUCUGUUCAAUCGCUGUUCGAUGUGAAGGGCAAAAUCGCCCUCGUUACAGGCGGCGGUACUGGUAUUGGCAAGACCAUUGCCUCGGCACUCGUACAAAACGGCGCAAAGGUCUACAUUGCUGCAAGGAAAGAAUCCCAAUUGAAGGAGGCAGUGGCAGAGCUUAACGCCAAAGGCCCUGGAUCAGCGGACUACAUUGUAGCAAACCUCGGCUCGAAAGCUGGCACCGAUGCUCUUAUAUCUGCUCUGGAGGCCCGCGAACCUGCAAAGAAAUUGCACAUCCUUGUGAACAACUCAGGUGUCUCGUGGGGGUCAUCCUUUGAAAACUUUCCAGAAGACAAAGGGUGGGACCAUGUCAUGGCUGUGAACGUGAAAAGCUUGUUUUACUUGGCGUCCGGGCUAUCAACCUGGCUUGCAAAGGAUGCGAGCGCGCUCGAUCCCGGCCGCGUGAUUAAUAUCUCAUCUGUUGCAAGUGUGUCACCACAUGUGGAAGGCCUGGUUAGCGCAGAUGGAAACGGGACAUGGAGCUACAAUGUCAGUAAGGCCGCAGUGAAUCACCUCACUUCAAUACUGGCCGUCAAGUUGGGGCCUCAGAAGAUCACUGUCAACGCGAUUUGCCCUGGGAUAUUCCCCACAAAGAUGACAGCCUUCGGAUUCAAGAACGUAGGCGAGGCAACGAUCGCAUCACGACAACCCACGGGUCGUGUUGGUCGGCCUUCGGACCUCGCUGGUCUCGCACUCUUCCUCGCGUCGCCUGCCAGCGCGCAUGUCACAGGCGCACAUAUCCUCCUGGACGGUGGUGCAACGCUGUCAAACCAAGGGAUUGCACCAAGAGUUAAACUAUGAUUCAUUAUUGCACGGGAUGUUUUCGUUCAUAUACCUGUACAUCACGCAUUGACAUCGGUCUGCCGUGGAAUCUCCUGUUUAACAUUCUUGCUACAGCCGUAGUACAAAUCUAGUUGUCCAUAAAGUCCUUGUUAUCCAUGACCAAACCAAGCGGAACAGCCAGAACGGGGUAUGAUGCCAAAGUUGUAAAGAGUCCUCGACGCAAAACCAAGCAAACUCA